GUUUUCAAAGCCAUAACGUACUUCCAUCGUGUCGCAAGAAGAUUGUCAAAAGCGGUGAACAUCUUCGGUUUGGAAAUUCACACGCACGUGGGCAGUUUUCUUCGUUGAUGGACAUGGCAACGGGACAGAAGUCAGUUUGGUUACCACCUAAUAAGGGUACCUGAGUUUUUGUCCAGAUUUUAAUUGAAUACAAAAAUCGGACAGGACAGUGGCGGGCGUAUAUAUUACCAUAAAUUAUCGUUCACCCGCGGCUAUAAAGAAAUCACGCGCGCACCUGUCUUAACGGUUGUAACAGGCUUGAACGUAGUGUGUUUUGUGACUUGAGUUCACCUUCAUUUUCAUAAAAAAUGGUAUCAGACGCAGCAUCGUUUCGUUAAAUUCAAUACGUAUACUGGAAGAAGCAAAAAGGUGUCACCGAGCUGGAUAAAAAGGUUACUUCAGCAGGAUACAUAAUUUAUAGGGUCGACUUUGAAACGACCAACGGGAUCGGAAAAAAAUUUGCAAACAAGUUUCCUCGAUUCAGAAGAUUUCCAGAUAUUCAGGUAAAACGAAAAUUUGCACCUUCCAUAAACUCGUUCACCAACGGUGCUGUUGGAAACUUACCAAUACUUGUGUGUUCAAUUAUGAUAAACAAGGGUUUUCAAGGCUAGAAGUUCUACGUAUUAAUUAGUCUCUAAGAAGCCUUCAGAUAAUUCCGAGACUGGCACAUGGAGCUACUAGAAAAGGUGGUGGUGAUGUGGUGGCAAUUGCGGUGGCGGUGGCGGUUGCGGUUACAGCAUCAGCAUCAGCAGAAGCAUUGCUAUGACAAUGGCAGUGGCAGUGACCUCGGUAAUAGCAGUAGUCAACAGCGGUGGUAGCGAUGGUACGAGCAAGAUCAGCAAGAGCAGCAGCGACGGUGGUAGUAGUGGCAUCAGCAAUAGCAGCGGUGGCGGUGGCGGUGGCGGUGACAUCAGCAACAGCGGCGGCGGUGGCGUGGCGGUGGCGACGGUGGUGGCGACGAAGACAGUGCUAGGAGUUCGGGCAAGUUCGCAAAGCUUCGGGUGGGGUCGGUUCGCCGCCUUGCCUGCCAUGACUGGCCGGCCGAGGCCUCGCGGGGGGUGA